UUUCUCGCGCGCGCUCGCUCGCUCCCCCUCCUUUUUCUUUAUCUCUCUCGCUCUCUCCCCCUCCCUCCCUCUCUCUCCCUUAUUGUUCCACAGGCUCUCUCUCUCUCUCUCACACACACACACACACACACACACGCACACAUCAGGGAUUUUCUUCCUCUACAGUAAAAGCCUGGCGCUGACAAUGUGGACACCGGGCAGGAAUAUUGAACACAAUUCCGGCUUUGUUUGAUCCGCGCGUGCCACUCCGAAAAGAAUUGAAGAAAAAAAAAGAAAAAAGGCAGAGUUCAUCACCUUGAACAGCUCCAUUAUCUCUUGAGCUUCUUUCAUGCGACUCCCUGUGCCGGACUCCACAGCCAGAAUGAACUGUGAGCAGGACUUCGGAGACGGGGGUAUGAACGUCACUCUCACCCUCAGGCUGCUCAUGCACGGCAAGGAGGUCGGGAGCAUCAUAGGCAAGAAAGGAGAAACGGUGAAGAGGAUACGAGAGGAGAGCAGCGCACGCAUUAACAUCUCAGAGGGUUCUUGUCCCGAGCGGAUCAUCACCAUCACUGGCCCCACAGAGUGUGUGUUCCGAGCCUUCACCAUGAUCACGAUAAAGCUGGAGGAGGACCUGGCUACUCUCGUGGCUAACGGCACAGUAACCAGCAAGCCUCCAGUCACGUUGCGUCUGGUUAUUCCUGCCAGCCAGUGCGGCUCUCUAAUUGGAAAAGGCGGCUCAAAAAUCAAAGAGAUCAGAGAGAGCACAGGGGCACAAGUGCAGGUCGCAGGUGAUCUGCUUCCCAACUCCACAGAACGAGGCGUGACGAUAUCCGGGAGCCAAGAAGCCAUCAUCCAGUGUGUCAAACUCAUCUGCACUGUCAUACUCGAGUCACCUCCGAAAGGUGCGACAAUUCCAUACCGCCCUAGCCCCUUACCCGGGGCGGUACUGCUCUCCGGAAACCAGGUUUUCGAAGCUUCUGAGUUUGGGUCUCACCCUCUAUUCUCAGUGGCUCAGGGAGCUCUGGAUCUGCAACAAAGACACAAUGCCGUCUUGAGGCGUUGCGCUCCACUGAUGGCAGUGGUUGAGGCAUACACUGUACAAAACCAAUAUGGCAUUCCACAUUCAGAGCUGGCCAAGCUGCACCAGUUGUCCAUGCAACAGGGUCUGACACCAAUCGCUCAGCCAGCAGCUACAGCCGUCCUGCCUGCAGGAAUGGAGUCCAGCACCCAAACGGCAUCACAGGAGCUCCUCAUUCCAAACGACCUGAUUGGUUCCAUCAUUGGCAGACAAGGUACAAAAAUCAACGAGAUCCGCCAAGUGUCCGGGGCUCAAAUCAAGAUUGGCAGUCAGCUGGACAGCACCAGUGACAGACACGUCACCAUCACAGGCUCUCCGAUCAGCAUCAAUCUAGCUCAGUACCUCAUCACGUCCUGUUUAGAGACCGCCAAAUCCACCGCCCAGUCCUCCUCCAUGUCGAGCCCCGUAGAGCUGAACAUGAGCUUCACCCAGCCUGCCUCCCCUGCCUCGUCCUCCGCCGCAGCCCUGGCAGCGAUGGGCGCUCUGCCCCAUGCUCCAAUCUUGGGCGCCCCCUAUGCCCUCCCCCUCUCCAGCCUCCUGGGAAUGAAAUCCGUCCCUUUCCUGGCACUCUCGGCUCCUGCCGGCACAGCUGCAGCCGCCGCUGCGCCGGCCCACGCUACCCUGGCAUCCUACACAGCCAAGAUCUCUUCAGCCAAUGGCAUCAAGAAACCCGAGCGCCAGAAGUUUGCGCCGUACUGACCUUCGUCUUGAAAGAGACAAGAAAUCUCACACCUCUGUUCAAACAAAACGAGGAGUUCCUCUACUUUUACCUGUUGUAGCCGUGUAGUCAAACGAGACUUUACCCUUUUUUGUUUUGUUUUGUUUUGAUAUAGCUUGUUACAGAGCUUGUCCUGAACUUGACUCUAUUACGACAUUAGGACAAUAGCGUAUUUAAAUAGUUCUAUUUAUGUUUUUGUUUUGUUUUUUCCGGCUGAUGUAGCCUCUAAAGCCAUAGCUUAUUCCUAACCUGUAAUUUUCUCCCGAUCCUAAUACUCAUCUAUUGUCUGCUCUUAUUUAUUAAUGAUUACGACAUAUUCCCGCGAAAGACUUUAUACAACGAGACACUGGUGACUGAUGCUAAACACUUCUGUAUCAGCUUUUAUACAACGAUAUAUGUGUAUGCCUCUGUAUACAAACUUUCUGAUUUUUUUAGUACUCUAAACUAUAUAUUAAAAAAAAAUUAGAAAAAAACGUUUUUAAGAAGUCGACAGGUUUAAACGCUCGCUUUGGGUUGGUUGUUUUUUUUGUUUUUUUUUAAUGUUUCAUCACAUUUGUUUGAAAAUGGGUUAUUUAUUUUAUUUAUUAUGACUCUUUUGUUUUACAAAUCAAUGGUUUCCAUGAUAACAACUCUUUCUACUCACAGAUUUACAGAUUCUCAUUCUUCACUUCAUUUACAGAGAUGUGACUUGGGACUAAUAGUAGGUCCUUUUUCUUUUACAGAGAAUUCAGGUGUGUAUAAAAAAAAGGCCGUGGCAUUCAUGCUGAGCUAGGCUGCAUAAUGACUUGACCCACACACCCAUACACACACACACACACACACACACACACAUACACUGACAGAAUAACACAAAAGCAAUACUGGACUGAACACUUUGAUUUUACUCAUAGACCCGAACAUAAAUGUGCAUCAACUGUAGCUUUUCUAAUCACGACUGUCUUCAUUCACAAGACUUUCAUACACAUAGACCUUGUUUUAGUUCUGUCCUAGGUUUUUUUUUCCUCAUUUGAAUAAAUCUAUGAAUAUAACUCACUUAUUUUUGUAAAGCCAGAUCUUACGGACAGAACAUGGCCACGAUUCCUCACCAAUUCAUCCGUUUGAUGUGGUUAAUCUCGACCCUGUGUACGUACGUGUCCGUCUUUUUAUGUUUGCUUCGAAUGCCUCACAUAGUCAUUUGCAUGAAUUCAACUUGGCGUCUAUGCAAAACAUCUCUCGGUGGUUCAGCGAGGUUUCCUGUGUCAUGCCUCAUCAGCAGCUCUAAAUAACCCACUGCUGGGUUAAAGGACUGCGCCGAAAGCGAGCGACGAGGCCGAGCGCAGAUCUUGAACCGUGCGAUUAUAUAUAUAUAUAUAUAAAUAUAUAAUAUAUACAUAUACGUUCUAUAUAUUUGUUGUACUCUAUCCAUUAUCUCAUUCCAGACAUUAACACAUAGUAACCACCACUUUAUACUGUAUAAAACGGCACAUGCAUUGCUUUAUGACAUGCAACAUUGCACUUGAACGUGAUAAUUCCACUAUGGCCAAAAUUUGAGUGUGAAAUGUUCAACUGCUUGACUACUCUCUCUAAACGUUAGGUUUUUUUUGUUUGUUUUUUUUUUUAUUUGCACCCAGGUGUGACCUCGUGUCAGCCUGGCACGUGUGUGUGUGUGUGUGUGUGACUCUUGAUUUUGCUCCAUUCAUUAAUGCCAUACAAAUGAAUAAAACCAUACUGUAUUAACUUGA